CACCGCUAUACUUAUCGGCUCGCGCUUUUUAAUCAAUCCCACACAUAUAGGCAAAUACGUAAACUAAUAAAUCUGCAGAUUAACCCUCCUAAUAUCUUCUGAUUACUCGUCAUUACAUCCUUGUCCGGUCGAUUGGCUCGCUUGUACGAACUAGAAGACGUCGAAAAAGGCGACUGGGAUGGCUUCUCGCGCAUCGGCACGAUAUAGAAUCAAUUUUCCCUUUUAUUUCCAGCUGCUGGUUUCCUUACUCCUCACUGUCACCAGCUUUCCGCGACUUCCGAUUUGAUUCCAAAUGAAAUCAACUGAAAGAAACCUACAGUAUGACGCCGUUAUUGGAUAGGAUUACCUUCGUAGUUAGCGUUGGAGCCGAUACUUCAUUGGCCGUGGUUUCCUUCACGGCCGCGUUUUGCAUACUAGUGUUGUGGAUGGCAUACCUGGUCGUGUUGGCUGUGCAUCGAAUUUUCUUCAGCCCGAAUGCCCACAUUCCCGGCCCAAAACUUGCUGCUUUGACUUCGUAGUAUGAGGCGUACUACGUGAUUGUGCGGCGAGAACAGUAUCCAUUUCGUAUUUACAGACUGCAUGAUAGUUAC